UUUUACUAUUUGGGCACAUUUUCUUAUGACCUUACCUCAGUAUUUUUACUUGACAGCAGCUAAUUGUGCGGGCGCUACAGGAACAAUUCAGCCAAUAUUUCGGCGUCUAUAAAUGUAGAAUUAGUAGCACAUUUAGGUGUAAAUUGAUUAUUCACAACGAAAGUUCAUGUUAGCAUGACUGGUUAGCAUACACCAUGGAGAGGAGGAGGUAGCUGCCAUGAGCUUAACUCGGUGGUAAUGUAAAGUCUUAACUGCUCACUAUUAGCACCAAGUGACAUGCAGAUUAAUUUUAUAGUUUAUUUGUAGUUUUUUACUUAUGCCUGUCAUAAUGUCUGCCCUUAAUCGAUGCGUUUUGUUCAAACUUGUUUCCAAGUUAAAAACAGGUUUGAUACACUUUAAGAGAUUUGGGUAUAAUGCGCCUCCACAGAGGAAGACACCUGACAGCCUCCUGCGAGUUGGACACUCAGCCAUAACACAGACGACACUCAGUACUAUGAAUAAUAAGUCAAGGAUGCUCAGUGUUUCCUGUUCAAGAUGUCUGUCUACUUCAACUGAGAACAGAGCCGCUCGAGUGAAGAGAGUUUCUGUCGAGGGCAACAUUGCUGUUGGAAAGUCGACCUUUGCAAGACUCUUGCAGUCAGCUUGUCCCGACUGGGAGGUGGUGGCAGAACCUGUCAGCAAGUGGCAGAACAUUGAGAGUGGUACCUCGAAGGGGACAGCCGCCUCCCCCCAGACGACAGUCAGCAACCUGCUGCAGAUGAUGUACCAAGACCCUCUGCGUUGGUCUUACACAUUUCAGACAUUUUCCUGUAUGAGCAGACUGAGAACGCAGCUGCAGCCUCCUCCAGCUCGCCUGCUCAGCUCAGAGGGAACACCUGUCCAGGUGUAUGAGCGCUCCAUCUACAGCGACAGAUACAUCUUCGCCCUGAACAUGUUUGAGCUGGGUUGUAUCAACUCUACAGAGUGGGCAGUGUACCAGGACUGGCACUCUCUCCUGGUGGAGCAGUUUGGACACCAGGUGGAGCUGGAGGGCAUCAUCUACCUCAGAGCCCCACCAAAGACAUGUUUGCAGCGUCUGGAGCGACGGGGCAGGGUAGAAGAGAAAGGAGUGAAACUGGACUAUCUGGAAAAGCUUCACGUUCAACAUGAGAGGUGGCUUGUUGAGAAGAGCACCGAAAUACAUUUUGAGAAGUUGAAACGGAUACCUGUGUUACAACUCGACGCCAGUGUGGAGUUUAAGAGUGACCCAGAGGUGCAGAAGGAAUUUAUAACAAAGAUGAAGAACUUCUUCAAUGCUUUAUGAGAAGAUGUGGUCAACAACCGCCAGCAGUGGGAAACAGAAGAGACCGGUCCGACAGCAGUCAGUCAACACACACACACACACACGAGCCUCUCAUAGAGUGAAGGAAAUAUAAAGUAAUAAAUAAGUUUUCUCUUUUUGGACCCCAUGAAACACACAGAUUGUGUUGUGUCUGUAAAUGAAUAUGUUACCUCAAAAAAGACCUUUUAGAUUGUUACAUUUGUUCAGCUUUAUUUUGUUUGCAUGUUAAUUUGCUGUGAGAUUCACUGUUAGUUAAAGUUACUUCUUAAACUGUACUAUACUGUACAGACUAAGUCUGUGCUGACCAUUUGGAAACACGGUUUACUGAGCAAUGCUUUACACAUUCCUAACUGACAAGGACAAAACAAAUAACCCAAGUAUACUAUUUGUUGUUUGUUCAUAAAUAAAAAUCUGAAUUUUAA